UCCAUAUGGCAAAAUCCAACUAAUCGUCUGUCUCUUUGGCUUGUGUCUGAGCUCGAACCUAAAGAUAAGAAUCAAACAUGUCUUUAGCUCCGACCAGUUAUCCAUCUCUCUAUUCACUGCCAAGAACCACCCAGCAGACCAAGCAAAACCCUGCCUUGAUCACUCAACCCGGUUUCAUUUCCGCCAAAAGUCUCUUCCUUUCGAGCAAUUCUUGCAAUACCCAUGUGUCAAAACGCCGCAACUUCGCUUUAAAGGCGUCGGAGACAGAGCCCACAGCCAAACCCGAAGCAGGAGGAGGAGAAGGGAAUGAAGAAGAAGAAGAAGAGAAGUAUGAAACAUAUGAGAUAGAAGUGGAGCAGCCUUAUGGUUUGAAGUUCAGGAAAGGAAGAGAUGGUGGGACUUACAUUGAUGCUAUCUUGCCUGGUGGAUUUGCUGAUAGAACCGGAAAAUUCACAGUCGGCGACAGAGUUAUUGCCACAAGUGCAGUGUUUGGGACAGAGAUUUGGCCUGCAGCAGAGUACGGUAGGACAAUGUACACAAUCCGUCAGAGGAUAGGUCCGUUGCUUAUGCAAAUGGAGAAGCGAUAUGGUAAGGUGGAUGAUUCUGGUGAGCUAUCAGAGAAAGAGAUAAUAAGAGCUGAGAGAAAUGCCGGUUUCAUUAGCAGUAGAUUGAGGGAAAUUCAGAUGCAAAACUAUUUGAGGAAGAAAGAACUGAAAGCUCAACGGGAGAAGGAUCUUCGUGAAGGGCUUCAGUUUUCCAAGAAUGGUAAAUAUGAGGAAGCACUGGAGAGGUUUGAGUCUGUGUUAGGCUCUAAACCAACACCAGAUGAAGCAUCAGUUGCAAGUUACAAUGUUGCUUGUUGCUACUCAAAGCUUAAUCAGAUUCAAGCUGGUCUCUCUGCUCUGGAAGAAGCAUUGAAGUCAGGAUAUGAAGAUUUCAAGAGAAUCCGAAGCGAUCCAGAUCUGGAAAACCUCAGGAACUCAGAGAAUUUCGAUCCACUCAUGAAGCAGUUUGAUGAAUCUUUCAUCAAUGAGAGUGCUAUUAACGCCAUCAAAUCCUUGUUUGGCUUUAACAAGAAAUAGUUCACCACCCUAAAGACUUAAGUUUAUGUCUUUUGAUGUGUUCUGUUUAUAGCUUCUCUUCUCUUCUUGGCUAUAUAUACUUGUGAGGAAUUGUAUUCAAUCGUAAAGGUGUUCUUUUUACCUGUGAAUCUCUCUUACCAUUUUCAACCAUGUUGUAUUUUUUCAUAUGAAAUGUCACAAAAGUUAUCAUCUUUCAACUAAGAUUCUU